AUGAGCAGUGCAGAGGGAGGUCAGCACGGCUCGGGAGGCCAGCCACAUUCACGAAUCCCGGAGAACGUACCAUCCACACGCAAGACCUGGGAACGAAUCGCUUUCUUAUGCGUGGGCCUUGCUGGCAUCUUCGUUGGACUCCAUGCCAUUCAACUUUACGAAGACAUAUCUCAAGAUUCGUUUGGAAUCGAUCCGCCACAAGACCUCUGUCCACAACCCGACGAGCUUCUUCCUGAAAAGAACAGAGCAAUAUGGGAUACUUUCAGCGAGCGUCUCGGUACAGAGGAGUUUAAGAGUAAAGCUGCUGAUUGGCUUGGUGGUGCUGUCCGAAUUCCAACGGAAGCUUUUGAUGAUAUGGGUCCGGUAGAUGAUGAUCCUCGUUGGGAGAAGUUUGCGCCUUUUCACGAGUAUCUGGAGAGGACAUUCCCUCUCAUUCACUCUAAUCUCAAACGGACUAAAGGCAAGGACGUAUUGAAUACAUACGGUCUUAUCUACGAAUGGGACGGAUCAGAUCCUUCACUCAAACCGCUCCUUCUCGCCGCUCACCAAGAUGUUGUUCCUGUUGAUCCAACAACCGUUGGUGAAUGGGUUCAUCCUCCAUUCUCUGGAUUGUAUGAUAGUGAAAGAAUUUGGGGCCGGGGAAGUGUAGACGAUAAGAAUGGUCUUAUUGGUAUUAUGAUGACGAUCGAAACUCUUCUCAGUAUCAACUUCCGUCCAAGCCGUAAGAUCGUUCUUACAUUUGGCUUUGAUGAAGAAGCUUCUGGACUGUUUGGAGCCCAUGAACUUAACAAACACCUAGAAGCAACAUUUGGCCAUGACUCAUUUGCUAUGCUCGUUGAUGAAGGAGACGGUUUCUCUGAGCAGCACGGUGCCCUAUUCGCUAUCCCCGCUAUUGCAGAGAAAGGAUACAUGGAUACAUGGAUUGAGGUUUCAACUCCCGGUGGUCUUUCCAGUGCUCCACCUACACACACGGGAAUCGGUAUGCUUGCUGCUCUCCUCGUCACGUAUGAAGCAAACCCAAUGAAAGUGCAUAUUGAUCGUAGCAGCCCUGUCUACGGUAUGAUGCAAUGUAUGGCGGCGCAUGCACCUUCAAUGGACAGCAAACUACGUAACGCCAUUAUAAAGUCGACCAAGUCGGAUAGGGCGCUUCGUGCUCUUGAAAAACUCGUGGAAGAUUAUCCAGAACUCUGUAGUUCAAUAUCCACAACGCAGGCGAUUGACCUUGUCCAGGGUGGUGUCAAAGUUAAUGCGCUCCCUGAACAAGCAUGGGCGGUUAUUAAUCACCGUAUUGCAACACAAAGCUCAUCGCAUGCUGUCAAGCAUCGCGAUACGAACGUCAUUAUCGAACUUGUCAAGAAGUUUGACUUGACGCUUAACGCAUUCGGCGAGACCUUCUUCAAUGGUUCUAGCGGUUCAGUUGCACUCUCGACUAUGUGGGAUUAUGCGCUCGAACCAGCACCAGUAACGCCUACGGAUGCGGCUCCUUAUAGAUUACUAUCCGGAACGAUACGCUCAACGUAUGCUUCACAUCGGUCGUACUCGAAUAGAGAUGAAAUAAAGAUUGCACCAGGAAUAAUUUCUGGGAAUACAGACACCUGCUCUUAUUGGAAUCUUACGAGGCAUAUCUUCCGGUAUAAUCACCAGGACAUGAGGCUUGAGAACAAGGUCCCUGGUGGAAUACACACUGUCAAUGAAUCAUUUGCUAUCGACAAUUUUCUCGAGAUGAUUCGGUUCUUUAUGACACUCAUUUUGAACGCUGAUGAAUACGAGCUUUAGAGGGAUCUAAUGGCGGUAUAUUUCAGUGUUAGGCGUGUGUUUACUCAGUAAAUUAUUAUAUGUAUUUAUUUGUAGAGUACU